AUGGCUUCGUCCACGGGUUUACUCCGACUCUCACGGACUUCCUUAUGGAGUACCCAGUUAGGGUCCAUUCGGGCCGUACCAGUAAUACGAUGCACGGGAUGCCGUCCUCCCGCGUUGGCCGCACUGGCAAGAUAUUAUGCCUCGAAGUCAUAUCCAUCCCACACCGUCGUUAGCAUGCCCGCUCUGUCGCCUACCAUGACGGCCGGGAACAUCGGAGCGUGGCAGCAGAAGGUCGGCGAUACGUUGAGCCCCGGAGAUGUCUUGGUGGAGAUUGAAACCGACAAAGCACAAAUGGACUUCGAGUUCCAGGAAGAAGGUACUCUUGCGAAGAUCCUGAAGGAGUCUGGAGAGAAGGAUGUGGCCGUUGGCAGUCCCAUAGCUGUCAUGGUGGAGGAGGGAGCCGACGUUUCCGCCUUCGAAUCAUUCACCAUCGAAGAUGCCGGGGGCGACAAAGCUCAAGAAACGCCCGACAAAAAGGAUGAGUCGGCCGGUGCGCCGUCCGAGAAAGCCCCUGAGCCAUCCAAGGACGAUUCGAAAACCACCUCCGCUCCGGCAUCCAUCGAGUCGACCUCCACCGGCGAGAAGCUCCAAACCGCCCUCGACCGCGAACCCCUCGUCGCCCCCGCCGUACGCAAGCUCGCUCUCGAGAAAGGCGUCCCCAUCUCCCAGCUCAAGGGCUCCGGACCCGCCGGCCGCAUCACGAAAGAGGACGUCGAGAAAUACGCCCCGGCCACCAGCGCCGCCCCCGCCGCCGCUGCCUACGAAGACACCCCGGCUACCUCGAUGCGCAAAGUCAUCGCCGCGCGCCUCACCGAGUCCGUGAACAAGAACCCCCACUACUUCGUCAGCUCUACCACGUCGGUGACCAAGCUCCUCAAGCUGCGCGCCGCCCUCAACGCCGCGUCCGCCGGCGCCUACAAGCUCAGUGUCAACGACUUUCUCGUCAAGGCGAUCUCCAUCGCCGCCCGUAAGGUCCCCGCCGCCAACUCCAGCUGGCGCGAGCAAUCCGGCGCCGUUGUCAUCCGCCGGCACCACACCGUCGACGUCUCCGUCGCCGUCGCCACCCCGUCCGGCCUCAUGACCCCCAUCGUCACCAACGUCGGCGCCCGCGGCCUCGCGGACAUCAGCGCCGCCGUCAAGGACCUGGGCAAGCGCGCCCGCGACGGGAAGCUCGCCCCCGAGGAAUAUCAGGGCGGCACCAUCACCAUUUCGAACAUGGGCAUGAACGACGCCGUCGAGGGGUUUACCGCCGUCAUCAACCCGCCGCAGGCCGCCAUCGUGGCCGUCGGAACGACGCGGAAGGUCGCGGUGCCGGCGCCGGCGGAGGAGGGCGAGGAGCCCGGCGUCGCGUGGGACGAUCAGAUCGUGUUGACGGGGAGCUUCGAUCAUAAGGUGGUGGACGGCGCGGUCGGGGGAGAGUUCAUGCGGGAGUUGAAGAAGGUGGUGGAGAACCCGUUGGAGAUGAUGCUGUAA